AAUAGCUCUUUUAUAUACUUUAUCAGUAUUUUCAAUUAAAUUCUUAGAUAAAAUGUCUCACGCUUUUUACGCUGACGCUUGGAAACGAACUGCCCGGCGGGAUCGCACGUGGUACCAGCAGAGCCUAAUGCCAGCUCUUCUUGCUGCUAAAGAGAAACAAGCUCGGGGCAUCGAUGCGACGAUCGCUAUAGCUCAGGAACUGUUGCGGGCUUAUGAAGAACCCGUCGAAAAGCCUACAUUAGUGCCCUUGCACGAUAUAGAAUGUCGCGACGACGACAGCCUUAUGAAGCCCAUAGAGUCAGAAAUCAUGAACUUGUUUUACGGGUCCACUGAGAAGGGCGCUGCUGAACAGUAUCUUAAAGCGAGAAACAAGAAGGCGCCAGAAGAAAAGUUUUAUUUUCGUUUAUUGACGAGUUGGGACUACGGGUGGCAGCAGAAGAAAUCGCGUCUUCGAGGUCGCGACGUGAACCAUGGCCGCUGCGCUAUCCUGCGCGACACGUUUUACCGGAAGAACAACCUCGGCCCCGACCCGAGGCAUUAUUCGAUUCCCGCAGGAGGCCCGAUCUCCAUAUGCAGCGAAUAUGCUUGUGAUACAAAUUGA